CUCUCGGCGGCGCGCGCGCUCCCAGUCUCCACCACCCACCAGCUCCUCCGGCACCAGCAGCAAGCCUCGCCGCCGCCACCGCCCACCUUCUGCCGCCGCCGCCACAACCACCUUCUCCUCCGCUGUCCUCUCCUAUCCUCGCCUUCUGUAGACCAUCAGGCUUUGAACCAGUAUGGCUGAACCUCGACAGGAGUUUGACACCAUGGAAGAUCAUGCAGGGGGCUACACUCUGCUCCAAGACCAAGACGGAGACAUGGACCAUGGCUUAAAAGAGUCUCCCCCACAGCCCCCCGCCCAUGAUGGAUCGGAGGAACCAGGGUCGGAGACCUCUGAUGCUAAGAGCACCCCAACUGCUGAAGACGUGACUGCGCCCCUAGUGGAAGAGAGAGCUUCCGACAAGCAGGCUGCUGCCCAGCCCCACAUGGAGAUCCCAGAAGGAACCACAGCUGAAGAAGCAGGCAUUGGAGAUACCCCGAACCUGGAGGACCAAGCCGCUGGGCAUGUGACUCAAGAGCCAGAGAAGGUCCAGAUUUUCCCAGAAAGUUUGCUUGGAGGGCCAGGGCGCCAUGAAGGCCAGGCUCCAGACCCAGGGAUCUCAGAGUGGAUCUGCCAACCGGUGCCCAAGGUGUCUGGGGCUCCCUUCCUGCCACACGGCCUCAGAGAGGCUACAUGCCAACCUUCGGGGACAAGACCUGAGGAUGUAGAGAGAAGCCACCCGGCCUCUGAGCUGCUGCAGCAAGAGCCGCCUCAGAAGGAGGCAUGGGGCAAAGACAGGCUGGGGAGUGAGGAGGAGGUGGAUGAAGAUCUUGACAUGGAUGAGUCAUCCCAAGACUCCCCUCCCUCCCAGGCCCCCCUGGCCCCUGGCAGGGCAGCCCCUCAGGCCGUCUCCAAGGAAACAACUGGCAUGCCUGGGUCCCCAGAUGAGGGUAUCAUCCCACUUCCUGUUGACCUCCUCUCCAAAGUCUCCACAGAGACCCAGGCCUCACAGCCCGAUGGGCCUGGCGCAGGGCCCAUGGAGGAAGGGCCCGAGGCUGCCCCAGAGUUCACAUUCCACGUGGAAAUCAAAGCCAGCAUGCCGAAGGAGCAGGAUUUGGAAGGGGCUACGUUGGUAGGGGCCUCUGGAGAGGAGCCCCAGGCCCAGGGCCCCUCUGUGGGUAAGGGCAUCAAAGAUGCUAGCCUUCUGGAACCAUCUGAGAAGCAGCCCACAGCUGGCCUGCCAGGAAGGCCAGUCAGUCGGGUUCCUCAACUUAAAGCUCGAGUGGCCAGUGUUGGCAAAGACAGGACUGGGAACGACGAGAAGAAAGCGAAGACAUCCACACCUUCCUGUGCUAAACCCCUGAGCAGUAGGCCCCGCCUUAGCCCCCCACGCCCCAGUCCUGGUAGCUCAGACCCUUUGAUCAAACCCUCCAGCCCUGCCGUGUGCCCUGAGCCGGCGGCCACCUCUCCUAAACACGUCUCUUCUGUCACACCCCGAAAUGGCAGUCCUGGAACAAAGCAGAUGAAACUCAAGGGGGCCGACGGUAAAACUGGAACCAAGAUUGCCACACCUCGGGGAGCAGCCCCUCCAGGCCAGAAAGGCACAUCCAACGCCACCAGGAUCCCAGCCAAGACCACGCCCAGCCCAAAGACUCCUCCUGGCUCAGCUUCCAAGCAAGUGCAGAGAAAACUACCCCCUGCAGGGGCAAAACCUGAGAGAGGAGAACCACCAAAAUCUGGAGAACGCAGCGGCUACAGCAGCCCCGGCUCCCCUGGGACCCCUGGCAGUCGCUCCCGCACCCCAUCCCUACCAACGCCGCCGACCCGGGAGCCCAAGAAGGUGGCAGUGGUCCGCACGCCCCCCAAGUCGCCAUCUGCCAGUAAGAGCCGCCUGCAGACCGCUCCUGUGCCUAUGCCAGACCUGAAGAACGUCAGGUCCAAGAUUGGCUCCACUGAGAACCUGAAGCAUCAGCCAGGAGGCGGGAAGGUGCAGAUAAUUAAUAAGAAGCUGGAUCUUAGCAACGUCCAGUCCAAGUGUGGCUCAAAGGACAAUAUCAAACACGUCCCGGGCGGCGGCAGUGUACAAAUAGUCUACAAGCCAGUGGACCUGAGCAAGGUGACCUCCAAGUGUGGCUCAUUAGGCAACAUCCAUCAUAAACCAGGAGGUGGCCAGGUGGAAGUGAAAUCUGAGAAGCUGGACUUCAAGGACAGAGUCCAGUCGAAGAUUGGUUCCCUGGAUAACAUCACCCAUGUCCCUGGAGGAGGGAAUAAGAAGAUUGAAACCCACAAGCUGACCUUCCGGGAGAAUGCCAAAGCCAAGACGGACCAUGGAGCAGAAAUCGUGUACAAGUCACCUGUGGUGUCUGGGGACACAUCUCCACGGCACCUCAGCAACGUGUCCUCCACGGGCAGCAUCAACAUGGUGGACUCCCCACAACUCGCCACACUAGCCGACGAAGUGUCCGCUUCUUUGGCCAAGCAGGGUUUGUGAUCAGGCCCCUGGGGUGGUCAGUAAUCGUGGAGAGAAGAGAGAGUGAGUGUGGAAAAAAAAAAAAGAAUGACCUGGCCCCUCGCCCUCUGCCCUCCCCGCUGCUCCUCACAGACCGGCUGACCGGCUUGUCACCUAACCUGCUUUUGUGGCUCGGCUUUGGCUCGGGACUUCAAAAUCAGUGAUGGGAAUAAGAGUCAAUUUCAUCUUUCCAAAUUGAUUUGUAGGCUAGUAAUAAAAUAUUUUUUAAGAAAAACACGUAAAAACAUGGCCAAACCCAACAUUUCCUUGGGCAAUUGCUAUUGAUUCCCCCAUCCCCACCCCACCCCCCCUCUUUGAGUAUUAGAGGGUGAAGGAGGCCCUGGAGGCUGCUUCUGGGGAGUUCUGAGGGACUAGGGCAACUGAUUGCCCGCAGCCCCAUCCUAGGGGCGUCAGGGACAGUGGCAGCAACAAUAGAUUGGAAACUUGGUGUGUUCGUGGAGCCCUAGGCAGGUGAUGUUACCAGUGUGGAUGUGAAGGAGGGCUGAGGCAGCGAAGGCUGAGGGAUGGGUGGGCUGGGAGUCAGAGGGGAGGGUGAGGAAGGCUAGACAGGCUAGAGAGAGGACACUGGCUCCUGGAAGGACAGGUAACCUCAGCUGCUCACGUCAGUCUUAGAUGGCAGAGCUGCCUGUUGGGUAAGGCCCUGGAGAGUGCUGUGGGUCCCUGUGCCCCUUCUGUAGGGCAGCCUGUGGGAGAAGACACAGGGGGCCGAAGGAAGGUGGCCAGAAAGUGGCACCUUGUCGAUUGGGUCUCUGAAGGCUGGCCUUGACAUCGCAGGGCACUGGCUUCUUCCUCCCUCUCUGCAGGGUGGGAGUCCUGAGCUGAGGGGCUUUGCCCUCCUCUCACAGAAGAACCUCUUUGCUGAGUUCUGGAUUUCUGCAGCCAUGAUUGGGCCACUUCACAGACCUGGGACAUUAGGGCUAACCAGUUCUUUGUAAGGACUUGUGCCUCUUGGGGGACAUCUGCCUGUUCUCAAGCCUGGUCCUCUGGGACUUCUGCAGUGUGAGGGUGGGGUAUUCUGGGACGAUGGCUCCAGGCCCCCCAUCCCUCCCACAGCCACUGCAGCCCCUCUACCUGUCCAUCACACCCACGUCUGCCAUGAGAGCCAGUCACUGCCGUCUCCCAUCGUGUCUCACUGUCCUGAGUGCUCCGCCUCUCCCAGCCCCUACUCUGGCCCCUGGGUAGAUGUGGGUAGUCCCUGUUCUACACUAAGAGGUGGAGUCCUGGGAAGGCAAGGAUUUUGGGGCUCAGUCUCUAGUCCUACGAAUCCAACCAGUGUGCCUGGAGAUAACCCUGGACACCUCUGUCUGCUCUUUUUUAACUUUAUAGUGGUUGCCUCCUAGGCCUGGCCCUCUUCUCGGGUUGAGCUGGAGGCAGCGAGUCAGGUGCCAAAUGCUAGCACCAGUGUGAGCAGGCAAGAAUCCCAGGGCAGGGUCACGCUCCUCCCAUCUUUCGCUUCCACCCCAGCUCGUGAUCGCUAGCCUCCCAGAGCCCAGCCGCCAUUAAGUCCCCGUGCACGUAAUCAGCCCUCUCCAUACCCCAAUUUGGGGAACAUACCCCCUGGAAAUGUUUUUCCUCCAGUCCCCAUGGAAGUGGUGCUGCCUGCCCUGCUGGAGCAGCCAGACAUCUCCAUAGAUACAGCCCUACCCUCCCUGUCUGUACCCUGUUGUGUUGUAGUUGGAUUUGUUUGUUCGUCUGGGUUCACCAGAGUGACUAUGAUAGUGAAAAGAAAAGAAAAAAAAAAAAGAAAAAAGAAAAAAAGAAAAACGGAAAAAAAAAAAAAAAAGGACGCAUGUAUCUUGGACUGUUUGUCGAAAGGUUCUAGCUCACCACCAGGGAUGGAGGUCCUCGGUAUUUCUUGUCUCCACUGGGACUCGGCUCCAGGCCAGUGCAGUGCUUCCCUGCUAGGACAGCCCAUGCUUUGAAGGUUUUCUUCUGCAUCUGGGACCUCACAGACACUGGAUUGUGACAUUGGAGGUCUCCUAGCUGCCAAGGCCUGAAGCACAGGACCAGCUAGACUCCAGCUGCCAGAGACAGCAGGCCCCACCUGUCAGGGAGAGCUUUCCAGCUGGCCUGUUUGCAGAGUGAAGAUGGUCCUCUAAUCACAGCCUCAUGUCCCACGGCAGCCAUGAAAGAUGGUCUAGUAAGACUGCAUCACAAGAGAAAGGAGAAAAAAAAAGGGCAAUCGGUGCCAGCUGGGAGAGCUGUGGCCCUAGAAAUCCCAUGACUCUCCAGAAGACAUCCCUGGGCCCUCUCCAAGCUUCGGCCAGCUGAGGAAGGGGACAUCUUAGGAGACUCCCUUUGUUUCCAAGGUGUCAGCCCACUGACUUUGCAUGAUCAUCUCCUAUAGCUGCAGGGAAGAGGCCUUAGGAGCUUAGGGGAACCGCAGGCCCAGUUCUAUCACUUUUGGAUUGGGUACAGAUAAGGACAAUGUGGAGGGGAGAAGGAAGCAGCCAGCCUUUCCCAUGAAAGAACUGUGCACCCAGAACUACCUAUGGUGAGGCUCCCCACUGCUGAUGGACUUCAACUGUCCUUAGAAAUGAAGGGUCUGAUGGAGAUAAAGGAAGUGUGGUUGAAGGUCUGUGGUCCCUUCAUCAUGGCUACCUAUUUUGGUUUUAUCUCUUACAUCCAUUUGCCCAUUCUGCAGUUCUUGUCCUUGAAUGGGGGCACUCUGCCAUAUCUCUUGUAGGGUGGUCAGCUCCAAAAUCAUGAUUUGGAGUGACCAGGUCAGUGCUGACAGGCAGUUUACAAAGGGAUUCUGGCUUGUGACUUCAGUGAGGACAAUCUCCAGGGGCCCAGCAUCUGUCCUUUCUUUCCAUGCCUCCCCACUCCAGAUCUUUGGGUGGGCUAGAUAGGGUAUACCAUAUGCCUGGUUCCUCCAAGCUCUUAAUUCACUUUAUCAAUAGUUCCAUUUAAAUUGACUUCAAUGGUAAGACUGUAUCUGUUUGAGAUUGCUUGUGCUGUAGGGGGCGGGGGGAGGAGCAACAUGUUAACAUAGUUCACAUGGGCAAAGAAGCCUUGGAGUGUAGCCAUCUGUGACCUCAUUUGUGAUAUUGACCACUUGCUAGAGAAGAGGUGCCAAGAGGCUUUGGUCUGGAGGCUUGGUUGUCCCACUGAUAGGCUUUACCAAGGCAGAGGCAGCCAGCUAGUUCCCUGCCUUCCCAGGCAGGUGCAGCUCCCAGGUUUGUGAAGGAAUCUAUAAACUACUCUUGCCUGCUGCCUUCUUGUGGUAUCCAGAGCCCACAAUGAUGCCUCCUUAAAACCCUGGCUUCCUUCCCUCUCAAGUCAUUAGCACAUCAGUAUCACCUCUGGAUUGGCUUCAGAUCCACAGCCUACAUUACUAGCAGUGGCCAAGACCUCUUCCUUUAGUCUGUUCUCCAGUAAAGUAAGUGGGGACGAGGGCAGAGAGAUGGUAAUCAACUAUAGGUCUGUGGCAUUAUGAGCCUUCCACCUUCUCUCUGGCUUCUGGAAGGGUUACUUUGGGCAGUAUCUCAGUCUCACCCUCCUGAUGGAUUGUAGCCUGUGCAGUUACUGUGCUGGGCAUGAUCUCCAGUGCUUGCAAGUCCCAUGAUUUCUUUGGUGAUUUUGAGGGUGGGGGGGAGGGAGGGAGGGACAUGAAAUCAGCUUAGCUUAGCUUCCUGUCUGUGAAUGUCCAUAUAGUGUAUUGUGUUUUAACAAAUGAUUUACACUGACUGUUGCUGUAAAAGUGAAUUUGGGAAUAAAGUUAUUACUCUGAUUAAA